AUGGAAGUGCUUGACUGCGACGGCGCGACCGUGCGCGACGCCAUGAUCGCCGUCUCGCGCGCCGCCUGCCCGCCGUCCUGCACCGUUGCCGACAUCGCCGCGGCCGGCGGAACCGGCCACCUGCGCCUCGACCUCCCCGUGCUCGACGCCGCGCUUGCCGGCGGGUUACCCUGCGGCGCGAUCACGGAAAUCGCGGGCCCGGCGGGCGCGGGGAAGACGCAGAUGUGCAUGCAGGCGGCGGUCAUGGCGACGCUGCCCGCAUCUGCCGGCGGGUUUAACGCGUCCGUGGUGUAUUUUGAUACUGAGAGACGGUUCAGCCCGAAGCGCGUGGCGGAGGUUGCUUUGAAUCGGUUCCCCGCCUUCUUUUCGUCCCACUUGGCCAUGGAACAGACAAAGUUUUCCUGUCUUGACAGCAUGUACAUUCUGAUGCUCUCCCGCCCCCACCCUUACUUUCCCCUGACUCAACCUGUGCUCCUCCCUUACCUCUGA